CAGGAAAAACAGCUGAGUAAUUUUCCCAGAGUCACAACAAAUUUCCUCUUAACGAGUAUAUUUAUCUCUGAAUCGAGUUCAUAGAGUAAAAUUUCGAGUAAGAGUAGGAGCAAAUUUUCAGAGUAAAUGAGAAAUAGGCGGAGCUUCUUGCAAAGUUAAGUUUCGUUUUCCAGCCAUAUUGCAUUUUCUAUCACCACUGCUGCUGAAGUCACGGAACAGCUCUCUGGAGGGAGAAAUUCGCUGGAUUUGAAAGAUGGAAAACACCACCGUUGUCAGAGUGAAAUAUAAAGAUCAGAAGAAAUAUGUGUUUUCUCCAACAACAUUUACAUUCGAGUCAUUUUUGGAAUGUGUUGCCAGGAAAUUUGACCUUCCGACAAUGGACAUUAAAGUCUUUGAUGAGUCAAGGACCGAGGUUGAUCAGGAAGCUUUUGCAUACUUGAUGAAGCAGCCAGAUGUUCAUGUCCUGGAAAUUGAUAUCCCAGAGGAAGGAACAUCUGAAGAUUCCGUUAGCUCAGGCUCCCUUGCUGAUGCUGAGGCUAGUUCUGGAUCUGAUGACACUGUGAUACUGACCCCUAGCCCAAGACAAUUAAAACAAGGAGAGGAACGUCGUCUUGCCCAAAUGGUUGAAGACAUCUUAAAAGGAAGCCCAGGAGGGGACAAGAUCAUGAAUGAAUAUGCUCGGACAAAGUACCUGUCAGAUAGCAGAAGGCGUGACCUGGUGAAGAUAUUGGUUGCUCAUAUGACAAAUGAACAUGGAACAAGCCCACCUCGGCAUGUGAAGGAAGACUACGCACUGGGUAUCAUCUCCCUCUUCCCCUAUUUGGCUGACCCAAGGAGCAAGCUUGGCUAUGAACAUUAUUACAACGCAGAAGAUGGAAGUGGCUAUUUGGCUUGGAGAAUUAAAACUCUGCAGAAAGAAGCAUCAGAGGGACGAGUUAAACGUCCACGACCUUCACAAGCAGGUGGGCCAUCUGUUGAUAGAGAUCCUUGCAAGGAAGGCAAUUGGUUGAGCGAUGAACGCCAGUGUCAGGAAGCAAUUGCUCUGAUGAAGCACACAGCUGAUGAAUCGGUGGUGAAGGAAAAGAUGAGGUUGACCCUAGUCUAUCGCCAGAAGAUUCUGCGUGACACUGACAAAUCCACUGAUAUCCUAUCCAUUUUUCCAAGAUUCAUGGACAUACCAGGCCUGGUUAGUCUUUAA